AUGUCAGGCUUCCUUCUUCUUCUGUUUGUAUCAGCCUACUCCCAAGAAAUUGAGCAUGCUGUCAUAUACGGCAAUACGGAAGACUUAGGCUACUUCUAUGUUGACCUAUGAGUAGGCACUCCUCCAAAGAAGCAGACUGUUAUUAUCGACACAGGGAGCAGAAUUACAGCUUUCCCAUGUGCAGGCUGCCGGGAUUGUGGAACUCAUAUGGACUCUUAUUUCGAUUAUCGGAACUCAAGCACUUCAAGCGUCUUAAACUGUAAUCAAAACAUCCCUUGCUCUCCAUGCAAAAAUGACCAAUGUGGAUACAGUCAAAGUUACGCUGAAGGCAGCUCAAUUGCGGGAAUCCUUGUAGAAGAUUUUAUUAUGUUCGGAGACGAUUUUCAGCACUCAAAAAGAGUCAAAUUUGUAUUUGGAUGUCACAAUAGAGAGACUAAUCUGUUCAGAACUCAAAAAGCCGAUGGGAUUAUGGGCUUGGCCUUUGCAAAAAGCAGGAUGCCGACACUGGUAGAUGCCUUGUUUAGUGACCAUGACAUUUCUACUGAUAUUUUCGCUAUAUGUUUUGGGAAAAAUGAUGGGUAUAUGACUAUUGGAGGCUAUAAUUCUAGUUUGCACCUCAGUGAGGUAGCCUGGGCGAACCUUCAUGAUGAUACUUUUUAUUCAAUUAAUUGGCAUGGGCUAAAAGUAGACGGGAAUAAGAUUGAAUUGUCAGCAAGUGAUUUUUCAAGACAAUAUGGCACAGGUACAAUAGUAGAUUCUGGGACUACCUUUGUAUAUUUACAUCAGCCACUUUAUGAAGCUCUUUGGAGCCAUUUUGAGUCAGCUUGCUCAAAGGCUGGGAAAUGUGAUGGAGAAAAAGUUUCUAUUCCAAACGAGCCUCAUUUGUGUUAUAAUUAUGAUGACGAUAGCUAUCCUGAUAUUUUCGCUUUUUAUGAUACCUUUCCUAUAUUUACCUUAUUAAUUGAAAAUAUUGAGGUGCAGUGACUUCCUGAAAAUUAUUUAUUUGCAUGGCCUUCAUAUCCUAGGAGUUACUGUUUAGGAAUUUAUAGUGAUGGACAAGGAUGUAAUGUAUUAGGAGGAAUAUUUUCAAGAGGUAUGGACGUUAUUUUUGAUAGGACAACUAAUAAGAUAGGGUUUGCUGAUUCAGAGUGUAAUCCAUUACAUAUUAGUCAGACUCAUAAUAAUAGGACUUUUUAUAAUCAGACCCAAACAAGCAAUAAAACUGCAGUUGAAGAAGGAAAUAGAUGGAUUGUCUCAGCCGCUGUUGCUAUAAGUGGAGCUAGCUUAGGAUUGAUUGGGCUUUUAAUGUACAAGAUUAUAAAGAAAUGCAGAAGAAAAUCUAUAUUGGAGAUCAGAGAUGAGGAGAGUGAACCAGGCAGCUCAGUUUAA